UCCUCCCCCUCCUCCUCUUUCUUUCAUCUGUCUCCGUCUUUCUCUGCUUCACCUCCUCUCUGUGACUCCACUGUUCGUGAACUCUGAGGAUGGAGACGUCAGUGAAAGCAGCAGAGGUUCUGGACGUGAUGGUGGCGACCUCGUCCUCCUCCAUGGACCAGGAGAACGAUGGAGGUCAGGCCGCCGCCCCCGCCGCCUGUGGCUCCUCCUCUGACUUCUUUGACCCCAUGAUAGAGUUCAGCCGGCGGCUGGAUGACAUCAUGCACACGUACGGCUCCACUGCCGACCUCCUGGACAAACAGGACGCGUUGGAGGCGGAGACAGAACGGACGCUGGAGGCGCUGAGAAAUGACACCACAGUUACCAUGGAGACAGACGUGUCUCUCCUCACACAGAGUCUGAACAAACUGUCCUCAUCAGAGGAGAAACUGGAAACUCUGGUCAGGAAAUAUUCUGAACUGGCGGCCCUGCGGCGCUGCGACCAGAACCAGCUGUGUGAUCUGCAGCAGAAGUUGUCUUCUCUACAGGCCGAGCGUCGCAGCAGUGUCACAGCUCGCAGCAAACUGGAGGCUCUGUGCAGAGAGCUGCAAUCACACUACAACACACUGAGGGAGGAGACACUUCAGUGUCGCAGCGAGGACGAGCAGAAGAGGAAAGAGAUCACCGGCCACUUCCAGAACACGCUGACCGACAUCCGGGCUCAGAUCGAGCAGCACAGCGCCCGCAACGACAGGCUGUGCCGCGAGAACGCCAACCUGAGCGACAAACUGGAGAGUCUGAUGGGCCAGUGUGAGCUGAGGGACGAGAGUCUGGAGAAAAUCGACAGACACCGCGAGCUGCAGCACAAACUGACGGACGCCAAACUGCAGGAGGCCAACGCGCUGCUCGCCGCCGCCGAGGACAAACACAAGCGGGAGAAAGAAUACUUGCUUAGGGAGGCUAUUGACAAAACAAAGAAAUGCUUCGCUAUGAAGGAGCAGGAGCUGACCAUGAAGAAGAAGCUGGCGCUCUACGCCCAGAAGUUUGACGAGUUUCAGGCCACGCUGGCCAAAAGCAACGAGAUCUACGUCCGCUUCAAAAAGGAGAUGGAUAACAUGUCGGGCAAGAUGAAGAAAAUGGAGAAAGAGUCAAAUCUGUGGAAGACGAGGUUUGAGAACUGCAACAAGGCUCUGACUGACAUGAUUGAAGAGAGAACCGAGAAAGGGAAACAAUACGAACUGUUUGUCCUGAAGAUUGACAAGCUUGAGAAGCUCUGCCGCAUCCUUCAGGAGGAGAGGAAAGUCCUCUAUGAGAAGAUCAAAGACGUCCGCCACACUAACUCUGAGCUGCCAGCAAAGAUCUCAGCCGCCGCUCAUCCUGAAGAAACCGCCUGCGAAGAUGCUGCUGACAGAUCUACUGCUCUUCUGACUGAUGCGGACAUCCAGGAGCUCCAGGAGAAGGACCCUGUCCUGACAGAGGACAUGGCCCGUCUGAGGGAGGAGCAGGCCAAGCUGCAGGAGUUUGCUGCAUCGCUGUUGGCCACGCCUACCCACAAAGACGAAGAGGAGGAAGAGGAGGUGGACCCUGAAGAAGACGGGGUGGCGUCUGCGUUUUUCCAUUUCAACGCCAAAGGUCAGGCCAAAGAGGGGCCGGUUUCAGUCUCCACACAGGUGAUAGACGUGAAAUCUGAGGCAGCAGAUACAGAUCUGCCCCUGCCAGACCAUGUGGAGGAGGUUCAAACAUCUGAGGGGAAGUCGUCCGAACCAGAACAGGUUCAAACACAAGUUCAGUUCAAAGAGCAGGAGCAAGGAGUCAAAGCUGAUGAGGAGAAGCAGCAGCUGCUGUCGUCAGAGGCUGAAACACUGGAGACACCUGGUGAGGACAAAGGUGUGGUCCAGCUGGACCAUGAUGAAGUGGUGAAGGGGUCAGAAGAAGCAACAACAGCGUCAGAGUCUGCUAUACCUUCUCCUGAAACCACUGCCGCAAACACCGACGACCCCAACAAGAAGCAGGCGCCAAAGAAGAAGAAGAAGAAGAGCGGCAAGAACUCCAGCUAAAGCUUAGCCUCCGCCCCCCGAGUGUGUGUGCUUAUUUGGGAAUAGUGAAUGUAUGUGUGUGUGUGUGUGUGUGUGUGCGCUAAUCAGAAACAAACACAGCGGGACAUUUCAGUCACAUGAUUUCUAAACAUCAUCUCGUAUUUGUUAAAUGUGUUUCCGUUGCACUUUGUCCAUCGUUAAAUAAAGUUAUGCUCACUUGUCCACCGCAGUAGAACAGAAAAUACUUGUGUUUCCUUUCUUCUUCUUCUUCUUCUUUCUAAAAACACAUUUGUUUGCUCGUAUCGACAUUGAUCUGAAUCACGAUUAGAAAAUCAAAUAAAGUUGUUUUUUUUGACGGUGA